AUGUUUGAUGAACUGGCCAGACAGAAUAUCGAGGGGAAGGAUGCGGCUGAUCUCUUGGAGGAAAAUCAGAAGAUAAUAUUUGGUGUUACUCAAGGAAGCCACAAUCUCGAUUCGCUUAUAGCGCAAUUGCCUCUGAACGAUUCUUCUCUUGCGAAGAAAGUUGCCGAUAACUUAUUGAGAGUGGAGCUCCUUCUCUUCUAUUCCAUUGGCCCUGUUGAUCAUAGCUCAAUACAGCUGAGCCUAAAGUGCUUGGAGUCUCUACUUAGCGAACCUGAGGUAGAUGACAAUUCAAAUGCAUUAUUCAAAGUCAAGUAUCAUGACUUGUUGACGGAUUACCAAUUUUGCUUCACAGAUUCAACAAAACGACUUCGAUUAGUCGACUUAAUUAACAAAAAGCUCAAUUUCUUGAAGUCAAUAUGUGGGAAUGAGCCUUUGGUUCACGACAUUCAGCUUAAAAUUCUUCUACUUUACAUUCUCAGUGAGGCUGACUUACGGAAAAGAAACAUCUAUCAGUAUUUGAAGGAAGAAGGAGUUUUUAGUCGAGGGUAUCCAGUCCCAAUCAGAGAAUAUGUUUUGCUUUCUACAGGAAACAGGCUCAUGUCCAUCUCUGCUUUCAAUAUUCUUACUGAACAUUUGCUGGCUCAUUUUCCAUUCUUCAAGCACUUACUUGAAAGACACCAUGUCCAGCUUCUUGAAUACUAUCUUGAGAAUAAUAUUCAGCGUCUUCCUCGGUAUUUUAAGUCUAUCAGAUUGGUAAAGAUUCCAAUGCUACUAUGCUAUAAGCAGGAGGAGGUAGAUAUUGAAGACUUGGUGUUCCGCAUGAUUGUGGGUAAACAGCUUCCAGAAGGUACAAGAAUUGAUCAGCUACAGGAGAUGGUUUUUUUCGGUCCCAAAGUUGAAAAGUACGAUUCCAUGAACACACGAAUGAAGAGAGUUUGCGAGAUGGUUGAUUCAUUAGCUAUACAUUGA